GACUAUCAAGAGUACGAUGACGAUUCGGCGGCGCCACCACCACAAGACCUGCCCCCUUCUGCUGUCGGCUUAUCAGUAGUGAGUCACAUUACCCUCGGCGAAGACCCAAAGUUCAAGACGAGUGGAGCAGCAGACGACGCCGCCGCCGUCAGUGUGAGCAACGAAAUUCUGCGCUCGGAGAACUCUGUUAUCAAGGUCAAGGUUGAUCGGCUGAGCGGAUCGUUCAAGAAGAGUGUGGAGAAGAUCAAAACGAAAAACAAACGGGUGGACAUUGUGUUCUUGAUCGACGCUAGCUCGAGCGUGGGCCGGCAGAACUUUGCGAGUGAGAUCAAAUUUGUGAAGAAGCUGCUGUCGGAUUUUAACGUUAGCUACAACUACACAAGGGUUGCGGUGGUUACGUUUAGCUCGCAGAAAAAGAUUUUCCAGGACGGUUCCGGCUGCGGCCACAUGCUGAUCCAGCUGGCCCAGACGAAGGGCGUCCCGUCCGAGAUGGACCUGUUUAUCGCGCAGGUCAUCCUGCAGCAGCUCUGCCUGAAGGAGACGACGACGGCGGCGGAAACGUUCGCGACCUACACCAAGUACCAUCCAAAGAUUGCCUCGAGCGAGCCGCCCUUCAUCACGCCGCUGCUCAACUUUUGCUUCUUCCUGCUGCGGGCGAUCGAGACGCAGCAGAACCAGCGCAAACUGGCCGUCUUUCGGACGCUGUGCGACCUGUACCGGCCCUCGCUCGAGCGCGAUCCGUCCUACGAGAAGUAUCUGCAGAAGAUCGGCAUGAUAUUCUUCGGGGCGAGUCUGCCGCAGCGGCCCCAGGGCGAGGGAAUGGGCGGCAUCUUUGGCGAUUUGCUGAACCAGUUCUUCCAGGGGUUGGACGACGACCUGGACGGGGACGAGGAGGCGACACCGGCCGGAGGAAGCUUCCCGCGGAGAGCGACGGCGGCAGUGUCGGCUGCGGGACGAACGGAAAGUCGUGGCGCGCCCAAGGAA